AUGAAGACAUGUAGUACUAACAGUGGAUCCAGUAUGAACGAUCUCUUGGAUCAAGAGAGUCCUACUACUCCUCGGUUCAAAACAUCUUUUCAUCCUUAUGAUGAGCAACCGAAAAGUGAUCCACCAAACUUCAACGCCUUGUUUGGGACGUCGCAUCUCAUUCGGUCAUCUACCUCCUCCACAAGCUCUUCAGGUGGCCGCCGUACCAGUGAUGGAAGUAAUGCUUCUCUUACUACAUUUAGUCGUGCUUCGAACUUCUUGAAGUUUGGUAAAAGCAAGCACAACUCGGCCUCUUCCACAUCCACAUCCAGUUCCACCGGAAACAGGCGUAUUGGAGUGAAACCAAACUCAGAAGCGAAGAGGUUAUCCACUAGCUCGUUAUCUUCGUUAACAGCGCUAACACCGAUUCCAAGAUCAAUCACCUCAUUCCCCAAAGUUGCACCGUUGAAAAUUGCUAAACAAAAGCCAUCAAUAAAAGUUAAUGAUGAACCAUCUUCUAUCAAAGAAAAAGAAAAUAGUGGGCAUCCUGAUACUCCACCAAAAGUUAUUCCAUUCAUAUACAAGGCGACUAACACGCCGUAUCUUGCUAAUACGUUGGUAGACGACAGAUGCUGCUUUUGCGAAGACCCAUUACAGCUAAUGCUAGAGGAUGAAGAUUUUGUGACUUUAUUGUGCAGCCAUGUCGCACACUUCCAUUGCUUGAAAUAUUUGAUCGAUAUGGAAUUUGUCACGCCUGAAGAUCUGGAGAAAGGAAUGCCUGCCUGCCCCACAUGCGAUGAAAUAGCCAUGCCUACCGAAAAAGAAGUGUAUCAUGAGCUUAUCAAACAAAGACUACUCGAGCCCAAAUUCCAUACAUACAAAGUGGAUUAUGACGAGCCUUACAGAAAUCACACUUUGGAGACUAUACCAGCGUCCCCUACAGAGUCAGACUCUUUUGAUGGUCUCAUAGGAUCACCUCCACCAUUAACACCAUCAGGGCAAAGCUCAAAUGUAACAGAGGGGAGUCCAGACUCGUAUUUAUCUAGUCCUGGACGUCCAGAAAUUGGCAGCUAUGAAUUCCAUACUGAAGAGGACGAAAACAAUUAUGAACUGGGGUCCCGCGAAGACAGAUCCUUAUCAAGACCAGAUCCAGUGAAACCUCAAUUUAGCGAGCCUAGUCGACCCUCUAUCGCGCAAAUACCAGCUGGAAACCGCAACACUGUUGUGCUGAAGCCAUUACCACCAGGAAUUUCAAUCGACACUGAGCUUGAGAAAGUGGCCAUAUCUGAUUCAGAACAGUAUGUGAGUUGCCUACUUACCGUAAAUGUACCUGAAGACUUUUACACAUCGCAGCUGCGAUACAAGCGCACACCUGAAGAUUUAGAUAAUGGUCGUAAAGUCACCAAACGCCUUGCCAAGCCUUAUAUGGACCGGAAUAAGUCGGACAUUUAUCGUUAUGGGGCGCUGAGAAUGUAUGACGAAUUUUAUUUGUCUCGAGAUUUGAAUAGCUGGCAACUCAUGACAUGCUAUAUGUACCCCAAGAUCCUUGUUUUGGCUCGUGAUUUCAGAGAUGAGGAUGAUCCAGAUGUAUAUGGCCAAAAGCUGCGUGUAAAAGGCGAGGUGCUCCUUUCUGAGUAUUUACGAUCUGUGUCAGUAUUAACUGAAAAUGGAACUAUGCUCCAUUUGUCUAUGGACUCACAAGAUUUUCCAGAUCUCUAUCUGUCAUCGCGAAACCCAGCUAUUAUUGAUGCUUGGCGAGCGGCACUCUUAGACCCGACCCUCCAGUUUCAUAUCCAUAAAGAUAUUAAAAGUCACAACGAGUUUCGUCGAAGUUCUUUGGUCAAUACAAGAACUUUUUCUCCAGUGUCACCAAUUAGCGUUCGGCCUCCUGUUGAUGCUGUUCUUGUAUUGCCAGUGACAGGUUUUGCAGUGGAGGAUUUGAAGUUUCCCACGCUUCGACUAUGCGUCACUACUCUUCUCGAAAACAUGGGGCAAUUCGACAGACUUUCAGUCAUUUUGUACAAUAGCAGAGUCGGGAUUUUUAGGAAAACUGAUUUUAUUAACCAACAUUGGUCUGGCUGGAAAGAAACCUUGAGAAACAUAACUCCCUCAGCCAGCGACGGUAAUAAGAAUGAUUUGUUUGGCGCGCUUUAUGUGUGCCGACAAUUGUUAUCCACGAGAGAAGAGCCUCGUCCUGUAUCAUCAGUGUACAUUGUGAAUGACUCGAGCUAUUUCACAACUGAGAAAAUGCCAAAUUAUGAGGAAACCAUUUCCUACUUCCAAACCAAUUCAGUUUCUAUCCAUACAUUUGGUGUCACUAUAAACCACAUCUCUGACGGACUGGCGGGGGUCUCUUCAGUUACAGGGGGUACUUAUCUCUAUACCCGGGACUGGUCUGAACUGCCGCAAUCCCUAUUAUCAAGGUUCAAGACAGACCAGACUUUUACACAUCGUCGAGUACGAAUCAAUUUUAAACCCAGUAACCGUACGUCAAUUACUAGUAUUAGCGGCGUGGAGACGGCAAUUAAAGCAGAGGUUCUGCAAAGCAUUGACGGAAGCCUGGCCAGGAACGUCACCAAAAAGAGUUUUGAAUCAGUCGACUUUCAAACUGUGACAUUGGGUGGUUUAUAUGCGGGCCAGACUCGGUCAUUCUUGGUGCAAAUAUCGAUUCCUCCCGAAGAGAUAGUGCCCAAAAGUGAGGAUUGGGAGCAACAGCGCGAAAUGAUGAUGGAGCUCUUUACUGCUAAGCUGUCAUACAGUGGUUUCGGAGAGGACAAUGGACAAGCUGAAGAUAUCGAUCUGGGCGUAAGAGCAACUGCGAACAUUCUUGUGUACUCGGAAAAUGGCAAUCAUGGACUACCAUCAGGAAACGAAGUUGCUGAAUUCAAUCAACGGUUCAGUACUUGCAGUAGCAUCUAUAGCCCGACAUACCCACGGACUGAUAUGGACAGGGACUCUUUGUAUUUGAACAAUCUCCCGCCAUCUCCUCUUUAUGGAGACCUUCUGAUUACAUUUGACUUGCUUCGAGCACCGCUAUUCCUUUCUUGUGACAGGCAUAGCAUGCGAGUAGCCCGACGGAGAAUUCAAUUGGUAGCAGCCAGAACACUUGAGAAUGCCCUGCUACAAUGUGCGACUGGUUCUCCACGAGAUGCUCAUAAAAGUCUUGACGAGUGUCGGCCCAUUUUGAGAGGUAUAUUUGAAGUAGCCAUGACCGAUCCUCAAACAACCCAACUUGCACUCGAGACGAAAGCACUUUUAAAAGUUCUUGACAAGGACAUUGGAGUCAUCUCGGAAAAGAUACUCCGUCCCAUUGCAUUUGCCUCAGACGUUCGCAAUUGGGUCAUUCAAACCAUUGGUGUGCUAAGGAGCCAGAAGGCAUUUACAUUGAGAUCUCCUAUCGAGGAAAUGUUUUAUUUUCCACAGGACACUCCGAUAACAAAAGAUGUCAGUGAAGGGUAUUCGCUACAAGUUGUUUAG